GUCAAAAAUUUUCGGUAUUGUAUUUUUAUUGGUUUUUUACCAAACAGUGGUGUUCCCCCAUCUCUUUCAUUUUUAUCUGAAUUUAUUAUUAUUGUUAAUAGAAAAAAAUUGAUUAAUAUUAAUAAUUUUCAUAUUGCUGUCAGUCCUUCUACUGUUUCAAUAAUACUUAUUAUUUUUUGA